UUCCUCCACUAUAAGUAGGCGUUUUUCAUUUUCCUGGUAAAAACCCUAAAAUCGUCAACGACGCGUUCUCUGCAACUCAGAUUCUCAGAGCAAUGUCAUCGGAAUCUCAAGCUCCGUCAUCGGCGUCCGAGCCUUGCCGAGCGCCUCCACCAUUACCCGAGCAGGUUAAGGACGAAGAUUCCAAAUCCGUGAGCAAGAAGGCCGCGAAGAAAGAAGCCGCCAAGCAGGAAAAGCUGCGCAAAAAGCAGCAGGAAGCUGCCUUGGCUGCGGCGGCGGCGUCGAUGUCCGUGGAGGAGGAGGAUCCUCUCUCCGGCAGCUAUGGCGAUGCGCCGCUUUCGGAGCUCGAAUCGAUGAGUGAGGAAGAAAUUACGAAGUGGACGGAGGUUGGAUCACUUACAUCGGCGCUGAGUGGCAAUUCUGUACGGAUAAGCGGACGGGCGCAGACAAUCCGAGCCGUGGGGAAGAACAUGGCCUUCGUGGUGGUAAGAGAGAAAGGUUCCACCGUGCAGUGUGUGGUGACGGUGCAGCCUGAAGUGGUGAGCCGUCAGAUGGUGAGGUAUGUUGCCGGGUUGAGCCGCGAGUCCAUUGUUGAUAUUGAAGGUUUGGUUACAGUCCCCAAUGUUCCCAUCAAGGGCACUACACAACAGGUGGAGAUUCAAGUGAAGAAGUUAUACUGUGUUAGUAAGGCCAUGCCGACACUACCUAUUAAUAUUGAGGAUGCUGCCCGAAGCGAGAUUGAGAUUGAAAAAGCUUUGCAGGCCGGAGAACAGCUUGUUCGGGUUAAUCAGGAUACACGUUUGAACAAUAGAGUACUUGAUUUACGAACACCUGCUAAUCAAGGGAUAUUCCGUAUUCAGCACCAAGUUGGAAAAAUAUUUAGGCAGUUCUUAGAAUCUGAAGGCUUUGUUGAAAUUCACACACCAAAAACAUUAGGUGGAACCAGUGAGGGUGGUGCUGCUGUUUUCCGAUUCGACUAUAAAGGACAGCCUGGAUGUCUUGCUCAAUCACCUCAGCUUCACAAACAAAUGGCAAUUUGUGGUGAUUUUGGGCGUGUUUUUGAGAUUGGUCCUGUAUUUAGAGCAGAGGACUCCUAUACUCAUAGACAUUUGUGCGAGUUUACUGGUCUUGAUGUUGAAAUGGUGAUCAAGCAACACUACUCCGAGGUGAUGGAUAUUGUUGAUCGUUUAUUUGUCACAAUUUUUGACAGUUUAAACAGCAAUUGUGAAAAGGAUCUUGAAGCUGUUGGCAGGCAAUAUCCAUUUGAACCACUGAAGUACCUGCGAAAUACUUUACGGCUCACAUUUGAAGAAGGUGUUCAAAUGCUCAAGGAAGCUGGUGUUGAAAUCGAUCCACUAGGGGACUUGAACACUGAGUCAGAACGAAAACUGGGCCAGCUAGUCCUAGAGAAGUAUGGCACUGAGUUCUACAUUCUUCACCGCUACCCUUUGGCUGUUCGGCCAUUCUAUACCAUGCCUUGCCGUGAUAAUCCUGUUUACAGUGAUUCAUUCGAUGUCUUCAUUCGAGGUGAGGAGAUAAUUUCUGGAGCCCAGCGUGUCCAUGUACCAGAGUUAUUGGAAGAACGUGCAAGGGCUUGUGGAAUUGAUGUUGCGACAAUAUCAACAUAUGUUGAUUCUUUCAGGUAUGGUGCACCUCGACAUGGAGGAUUUGGAGUGGGUUUGGAGCGUGUGGUGAUGCUUUUCUGUGGUCUGAAUAAUAUCAGGAAAACAUCUUUAUUCCCACGUGACCCGCUAAGACUUGCUCCUUGAUAAUGCAUUUUGUGACAGACUACUACAAUUUAAUUAGAAUCUUUUUCUUUGAUGAAUUUUAUGUCCUAGAAAUGUGAAAAAGAUGUAUGUUCGUUUUUCUGGUCAAAGAUACUUGUCUCUAUUCACCUUGGGAAGUUUGUGAGAAACUUGAUUACAGCAGCAAUGGUGAAUACAAAUAGACUCAGAAUUUUAAA